GUCGUUUUUACAGUGUAAUUACAGCGUAAAAGUAAUUACAGAGUAAUAUUUUUUACAGCGUAAUUACAGCAACGCUCGAGUCUUGCCCGCAGCACUGCACUAGUGCCAGCGGAGAUUCACAGUGCAGCUGCAAGGGCUUGCGCAGCACGCCAGCGACGCGGCGAUCUAUGCGAUACGUAACGACAUUCAUCAUGGCCUCGAUGAUGCGCGAAGCCCCCGCCCUAGCGGAUAAGAAGCUCUACUCGGCGAGCGCGAUGGCGACGGCGCAGAUCGAGGGCAAGCAGCACUACGACGAAUUGGAGCGGCAAGGCGUGUUAGGUAUAGUUAGGAAAACAAGAAUCCGAGGACGAUUGGCCGACGGCGUGCCGAUGCGGGAGGGCGAGAAGAUGCUGCACCUCAUAAGGCACGGCCAGGGCUUCCACAACUUGCUCGGGGAUUUAUAUAGAGACUUCGGGAAGACGGUCGACAGCACGGGCGGUGAUAAGUCAGGCAAUCCUUAUGUGAGACCGGAGAUCGAGGACUCGCCCCUGACUGCUGUUGGAAGGCAACAAGCCAAAGCCCUGAGGCCGACGACAAGAGCUUUGACGGGCAUCGAGCUGGUUGUGUUGUCACCCUUACAACGGGCGGCCCAGACGGCCGCUUUAGCGAUGCCUCAUUUGAAAGAUAUAGUGCCGUGGAUCGGCCACCCGUUGGUCCAGGAGACGUCGGGCGUGAACGUGUGCGAUAGGCGAAGGGACCGGUCCGAGAUCCAGGACGACUUCCCCUGGGUCGAGUGGGGCCGCCUCGAUUCGGAGAAGGACGAGUUCUUCGACCCUGAUGAAAGGGAGUCCGCCCGAUCCGUCUCGGAUCGGGGCUACGACUUCAUGCGCUGGGUGCGGGCGCGACCGGAGUCCGAGAUCAUCGUGGCGACGCACUCGGCCUGGUUGUUCACUUUGUUGAACACGGUGAUCGAGGCCGACUCUUCUGAUUUGUCCUCGUGGUUCCUCACGGGCGAGCUCCGGUCGGUGAUCGUGUCCUUCGAGGACCGGGCGUCGCCCGACGAGCUCUAGCUAGCUUAAGAAGUAUGAAUACGCA